UUUAUAGCGCAGAAAAAAAAAGGAAGACAAGCACGUGACCACCGCUUGCUUCGACUUGAGCGCGCAGUUUGUCGCUCAACUGAAGUUUAGGUUGUGCAGUAGUAGAUUCAAAAUAGGUGCAGAAUAACCUCGAAAGAAACCAAUCUGAUUUUGCUGCUCUUCCGCUGCUUGGCAGCACUGUCGCGUGUGUGAGUCGGCGGAACCGAUACGGGAACCUUGUAAAAGGAGCCCUCGCUCGGGCUGCAGCCCGUGGCCUUCUUCCAAACACACCUCCCCAGCGGGCUGUCAACGCUGAGACGAUGCAAGCGCUCGCGAUGGCCUUCUUAGGACGGCGGACUGGAUCCUCACUCUUGGUACUGUGCAUCCUCUGGCAGAUCGCAAACAGAGCUGCAUGCACCGACGGUCGGAGCAGCAACGAACUGUGGCGCCUCCGAAAUGACCUGCUGGGAAAGGGUUACGACCCCGGAACUCGACCUGCCACCCACGCCAACGACACGACUAAGGUGCUCAUAAGCGCCGAUGUUAUCGACGGCCCUUACCUGCAUCCCGACAGAGAGCUGUUCUACGCAGACAUCGGUUUAUGCAUGACUUGGAAGGAUCACCGACUCAAGUGGAACGCAACGCAAUACGGAGGACAGACGGUAAUCCGCUUAAAGACGGGCGACGUUUGGAGGCCGGAAUUGUACAUGACGUCGUCUUGGUCCGACGUCUACUCCAGCCUGCUCACAAACUACAUGUUGCUCGCAAACGAUGACGGCAAAGUUCAAAUGUGCUCGGCGACGUCCGUGCAAACUUUUUGCAGCGCGGACAUGACGCACUUCCCGAUGGACCGCCACGAAUGUGUCGUGGAGUACAGCACCAUACUGGACCCCGAAAAGGAUGUCAACCUCACCAUUGACCGAACCGACUCCCAAGGGAAAACGGACUCGGAGUUUGUACUCGUCUCCCUCACCUCCAAAACCGACAUCAAGGAUUACGAAGAGUACGGCCGCUACUCGACCGUGGUCUACCGCUUCGUCCUGGAGAGGCGCAACCUGUUCCAGCACUUCACGCUCCUCCUUCCCGCUGUCGGUGUCGUGGUGCUAGGCCUAUUGACGCUGUGGCUACCGCCGCUCUCGGACCGACGGUUUACAGUCGCAGGCGUGGCGCUUCUGGUGUCGUUGCUGCUGCUGUACCGGGCCGACGAUGCGGCAGCGGGGUCCAACCAAGUGCCAAAGAUCACCGUUGUUCUGAGCACCAGCGUGUUGAUCAACGCCCUGACCAUCGUCGCCACCGUGGCCAACAUGAACCUCGUCAGGUUCCUGUCGAAUGUCCGGGCGCUACCGCCAGUUGUCGGCAAGGUGGCGGGCUUGAUAGCGACUGGUGUGCCCUUGGUGUGCCCCGGUGCAAAAGCCUCAUCCGAAAGCAGUGCGGGCGCUUCUGUCGACAUCGCACACGCUGUCAUCAGGGCACUCGAUCGCGCAUUCUUCUUGGCCUCCUUGAUUACAUUCACCGCUAUCAUAUUAGUUUGAGAAGGACUUCGAAGAAACCUUCGUAGACGUCGACAGUGAGACAACGUGAACUGCCUUUGAAGACCCUCGGUCUGGUUAACGGAAAACAAAACUUCUUGCUAAUGCUCACGCACCUCAAGCAACGAACAGAGUUUCGUGAAGCGGGAAAAUAAAAUUGUGCGGAAACCACCGACGAUGAUUGUCAAUGGAAGUGAAUAGUCGAACGCUUUUAGAAACUAACACCCUUUAUUAAAGGA